AUGAUAGAGAGCUUUAUUACCACAACCAAUAGUGCUAUCCAACAACAAGGUAACUCAAUCCAACAGUUGCAAGCCCAUAGUAAGCUCAUGGAAAGCCAAAUAAGCCAAUUUUCACAACAGGUGAGUCGCCUAUCAACUCUUCAAGAUCAAGCAAAGGUUCAAAAAGAACAAUGCAAUGCUGUUUUCUUGAGAAGAGAUGAAGCCUUUCCAAGGCAAAUUGUUGAGAAAGUGUGCAGUGAGGAGUCUAGAAAAGACGAAAAGGGCAAAGAUGUUCAAAGCUCCAAAUAUGUGGCUCCACCGGCUUAUGAGGAACCGAUGCCUUUCCCGCAACGGUUGUCAAAAGCCGUGCUCGAUAGACAAUUUGGCAAAUAUUGUGAAGCCCUCAAGAAGGUACACGUUUCUACUCCCUUUUCUGAUCUUUUAGUUCAAAUGCCUCAAUUUGCAAAUUUUGUAAAGAAUAUCAAAGAUCAACGUGAGGAUAAUGAAGUAGCACAUAAGAAGGGCCCUACUCUCUUAUAUGAUAACCUACCACCUAAGCUGCAUGAUCCUGGUAGUUUCACUAUUCCCUACACGAUAAACGAGAAAUUUUUCGAUAGGGUUUUGUGA